AUGAUACAAUUGUAUCUUUCAUCGACUGAAGCUCAAAUGAAUCGAUAUCGUAAACAAUUUUAUGUUAAAAUGAAACAAUUCUGGCUUGAACAACGUUCUCUUCCACAGGAUCGAAAAUUAUCGAAUACAAUGAUUCAUUUAAUUGAAGAACGUUAUAAGAAUAUUAGUGAAUCUGUUAAAUGUGCCUAUCAAUAUAAAAUGCAUUUAAUGCGUUUGAAUUCUAAUCAUCAUUAA